AGAGAGAGAGAGUAAGGGAGGGUGAGACAGAGAGAGCAUGUGAAGCACGCUGCCAGCGCUCUGUCGGUAAUGCACUGUGAACAGGGACAAGCGAGAGAGCGACACACACACAUUUUCACAUACAUACAUGCUGCCUCUGUCACACACCAUCUCACUGUGCCGCUCUUUCACACACUCAUACACACACUCGCUCACACGUGUGCGCUGAGGCUUAGAGGUGCCUUGUUUAGGGGACACACACACACACACACACACUCUUUUACACACAUGGACUCACACUGUGCAGCCGGACUCAACAGAACCAGAUUGGACUAUUGUCACCCACCAGAGGAGACUCCCAGCAAUACAGCAUGUACCGGUGCGGGUGAAUGCAAAGGGUGACGCUAGGAGAGCUUGAAAAGACAGCAAAGGAAUCAAAGCGUCCGGCAGCGUCCUUUGUGCAUCCCUUCCAUCCUUGUCCCAGCUUUGCGGAGCUGAUACCUCAGGUCGGACAGUCUCUACUUCUUCUUCUUCUUCCUAUUCUUUGUCAUUGUUUCGGAUGAAGACAUUUUUUACAGGUGACGGACAGACCUGAACGAGGAGGAGCUGCAGUGUGUCCCGUCGGUGUCAAUUUUUUUGAGAGUUGAUAAUCAGACAUUUUUUUCAUCCCUUGACUGGUUCUCGCUUCUAAUCCCGUGGACUGUGCAGGAUAAGGGGACUAACAGCGACUUCUUGUUCCAGCUGGCUUUUCACAAUGCGGAGAAUGGUUCUGUCGCUGAACCCUUUUGGACAGGAUUGAGUCAAAGUUCAGUGGAGCUCCAGGAGGAGGGAUAAGAGGCAAGCUCCAAGUGGGACAGAAGCAUUGAGAGACAUUUGGAUUUUUGGUGGAUAACCGGAUGACAGUGACAUAUGAAGGCUUAAUCUGUACCUUUUUUUCCAACCAAAAAGCAAACAACCAGAAGACAAUUUAAAGGCAAUCACCCGAUACCUGCAUCAGUUGUCAGUUUUGGGUGGGCCUUUGAGGAAUCCACCCUUCUUUCCUCCACCUCCUCCUCUUAUUCCUUCCCUUGUCCCUCUUUCUCUGCGUUGCUCCCUGUCGUUUCGGGUCCAUCCUCAUAAAGGCCCCCUCCUCAGCUCUGCACCCCUCCCUCAGCGGUGCUCCGUCGCCCUGGGUGAGUGGGCAGGGGGGUGGCCCACGGUACCCCCCGACACCUGGGCGCCACCGAGCCGCAAGAGGCUGGUGAGGCGGCGGCAGGGUCAGCGCUGGGAAGAUGGCCGCUCUCGCCAGCUCCCUCAUUCGCCAGCGCAGGGAGGUCAAGGACCCCCAGGCGAACCGGCAGAUCGCCAGCAAGCGCAAGCCCUGCCCGAAGAGCAACAAGUCGCUCUGCCAGAAGCAAAUUCUAAUAUUAAUAUCGAAGGUUCGACUAUGUGGCAGUCGAGGGAGAAAGAUGGAGAAAAGACCGGAGCCCCAGCUGAAGGGCAUCGUCACACGGCUUUACUGCAGACACGGCUUUUACCUCCAGAUGCUGCCGGAUGGCACCAUGGAAGGCACAAAGGACGAAAGCAGCUCCUUCUUGCAGUUCAACUUGAUUCCUGUGGGACUCAGAAUAGUGGCCAUCCAGAGCACCAAGACAGGGCUCUACGUUGCCAUGAACAGCGAGGGCUACCUCUACACUUCGGAACACUUCACGCCCGAGUGUAAGUUUAAGGAGUGUGUGUUCGAGAACUACUACGUCACCUACUCGUCCAUCCUGUACAGACAGACUCAGUCGGGUCGGGCGUGGUACAUCGGCAUCAACCGGGACGGACAGGUCAUGAAGGGGAACCGCGUUAAGAAGACGAAGGGAGCAGCGCACUUUCUGCCCAAACUCAUUGAAGUGGCCAUGUACAGGGAACCUUCUCUACACGACGUCGCUGAGCAGAGCCCACCCAGAAAAACGCCCAAGACCUCCAGUGACUCGCCGGUGCACCAGAACGGCAAGAAGGACCCUCAAUCCAAAACCAAAACCUCGUCCUCCUAGCGCUCAAAGACACGUGUUUGGAGGUGGGGUGGAGGACACGAGGGGGGGGGGGGGCACUAGGCACCAACGGACACUUGAACAGGGGGUUGUUAGGGCUACACCCACACCUGCUGCCUGCAACACUGACCCCCACAAGAACCCUGUGAACCCAUAAUGCACUGCUGCUCAGUUAGAAAAAAAGGGAGCAGAAUUGGGCAGAGUGGAGCUGGCUCGAUGGGGACGCCCCCUUUUACCUUCACAGACCUCCAUGUACACCAGCCCUCCACUUAUUUAAACAACCUCUGUGAUUAUCAACGCCUGGGAUAUAAAAGCAAUAACUCCAUGAAGAGGUCACGUAGCGUCAUGUUGCAUGUCCCAACAGUGUGUGUUUAUCCGUCUGGAAGGAAAUCCAUCACACCCUCCAUCGUCAGCAACAUCCUUCCAGGCAACCAAAUAUCCAAGAAAAGUCUUCCAGGUUUUACCACAACGAGUGUAACAUUCAAAUCUGUUCCACUGUAGCACACUAUUUACAAUUGCGUUGUGUUUUUUUUAUUUUUAUUCCCCACAGGGUUCCAAGCUUAUGCUAGCCUGACACAAAGCUAAGCUAACCAGAAAGCUGCAAAAGCUGUCACAAAGACACUGUUAGGACUUUUGUUCUCCUGCCAUAAUUGUCUGUAUGUGUGUGUGUGGCCUGAAUACCUAUCAGCCCUGCAUGUGUUUGUGUGCUUGUGUGUGUGUGUGUGUGUGUGUGUGUGUGUGUGUGUGUUCUCUUCUUCUUCCACUCGCCCUCUUUGCGCAAUUUCAUUAGUUUGUGACAUGGACUCAAUUUUCCACUCGGUGGCACAAGAAAACCCCUCCCAUCCUCUCUGGCUCUGAUAAUGGAGUCUGAGGCUGAUCGGAAUCUUUUGACCCUUAAACGAGGGGCCAAGAGCUCCCUCAGCACACUGCAGAACCACACAAACACACACACACACACACACACACACACACACACACACACACACACACACACACACACACACACACACACUUAAGCACCCUGAUAUCCAUGAGUGACCACUACAGAAAAUGAUCUCAUAAAUUAACACACUUAACAUGAAUGAAAAGUUGCAAACACACACACACACACACACACACACACACACACACACA